AUGAGCUUCUGGUACGUCCUGCCCUUCUUCUUUGCCACUCAUGAGAUCAACCAGAAUCGAAAGCUGCUACCCAACAUCACCCUGGGCUACAGCAUCUAUGAGAACUUUUUCAAUGCAAGGAUAACAUAUGAGGUCAUGAUGGACUUGCUGUCUACAGGGCAAGAGAAUGUCCCAAACUACAGUUGUGGAAGACAAAAUAAUCUUCUGGCUGUGCUUGAAGGGACUGAUUCGGAGCUCUUUUAUUCCAUUUCAACUAUGCUGGGCAUCUACAAAAUUCCACAAAUCAACUAUGGGGUCAUCAGCCACAUUCCAGAGCAGAAACAUCAUUUCCCUUUUUUCUACCGGGUGAGUCCAAAACAAGAACCUCCUCACUUGGCAAUUGUCAAGUUGCUCCUGCAUUUCCGAUGGACGUGGAUCGCCCUCACUGCUCCAGAUGAUGAAAGCGGAGAAAAGUUCAGAAGAACCUUUGUGCCAGAAGCCGUAAGGAAAGGUGUCUGUGUUGCCUUCUCAAAAAGCUUACCCAUGGUUCUUAGAGCAGUGACGGAAAAGGACAUCGUUCAAUAUUUUAGCGACACUAAAGUGAAAAGUAUUGUUUGUCAGUUGAACUUUCAUGCCACAUUAAUACUAGCAGUAUUAAUACAAAACAUUGAAAAGACAAAAAUCCUGUUUGAGGAAAAAGUAUGGAUUGCUACAGUUUUGUCAGAUUUAAGUGUGAGAUUUUUCUACCGAUUGCUUAAUCUCCAGCAUAACCAUCUUUUAUUAUCCUUCUCAACUAAGGCAAAGAAAAGGACACAAUAUUAUGAUUUUAAUUCACAUUAUUCUGCUACAGUGAAGUUUGGGGAGGCAGCAUUUCAGUGUUCUUAUUCAAGUCCUUUGUUGUCUAAGAAAGCUUGGAAUACAUGCCUGGAAAAAAAGACUUGGGAAAUCCCAUCCCUGGAUCUGGUUGGAAGAAUCCUGUCUGAGGAUGGCUCAAGCAUUUCCACAACAAUCCAGGUUGUGGCCUGGGUCCUCAGUGCUGCCUUUUCCUCCCAAAUGAGUAAGAGGAGGAUGCCUUCUGGGGACCACCAGACACUCCAGAUGGUACAGCCAUGGCAGCUCCAUCCUUUUUUAAGAAAAUUCCAGAUUUACAAUUUUUCUGUAAAUGAUGUUUAUUUGGAUGAGUAUGGAAUUCCCACUGCUGACUUUAGUAUUAUGGACUGGGCAGUAUUUCCCAACAAGUCUGCUGCUGGGGUGAUAAUUGGGAAUAUUGGAAAAGAAGUCUCUUCAGAUAUCAAGAUCUCUGUUGAUGAGAGUGCCAUCAUAUGGCCAACAUCUUUUAAUCAGAAGGCCCCCUUUUCUAGGUGUACGGAAAGUUGCCUCCCAGGAUAUACCAAGCUAAUGAGAGAGGGAGAACCAGUUUGCUGCUAUGACUGUUCUCCAUGUAUGGAAGGAACCAUCUCUGUGCAGGAAGAUGUAGUCCAUUGUGAAAAAUGUCCUGAUGACCACCAUUCCAACAAGAAGCGGGAUCAAUGUGUCCCCAAAGUUAUAAUGUUUCUGUCCUACAGAGAAAACUUAGGUUUCAUACUGGCUGUCUCUGCAAUUUUUUUGUCUUUUACCGCUGCCUUAGUUCUAGGAAUCUUUAUUAAAUACAGAAAAACUCCUAUAGUCAAAGCCAACAACCAGGAUCUCACCUACAUUCUGCUGAUCUUUCUCCUGCUUUCCUUCUUGACUUCCCUUCUAUUCAUUGGUCAACCCCAGAAAGUGACAUGCCUUCUUCGACAAACUGUCUUCAGUGUUGUUUUCUCAGUUGCUGUGUCAUCCUUGCUGGCCAAGACUAUCAUGGUGGUGAUGGCAUUUCUGGCUACAAAGCCAGGAAGCAAAAUGAGGAAAUGGCUGGGGAAAUCUUUGGCCAAUUGCAUCAUCUUCUCCUGCUCUGGUAUUCAGGUGGGCAUCUGUUUCAUAUGGCUGGGAAUCUUUCCCCCAUUCCCAGAUUCUGACUUAUAUUCCCAAAAAGGACAGAUCCUGCUGCAAUGCAAUGAAGGUUCAGUCAUCAUGUUCUAUUCUGCCCUUGGCUACUUGGGCUUUCUGGCUUCCAUCUGUUUCUUAGUGGCUUUUUUAGCCCGAAAACUACCAGGGAGCUUCAACGAAGCCAAGUUGAUCACCUUCAGCAUGCUGCUUUUCUGCAGUGUUUGGGUUUCUUUUGUCCCCGCCUACCUGUGCACUAAAGGGAAAUACACAGUGGCUGUGCAGAUCUUCUCCAUCCUGACCUCCAGCCUUGGCUUACUCGGUUGCAUCUUUGUCCCCAAAUGUUACAUCAUCCUUCUGAGACCGGACAUGAACGUGAAGGAGCAUCUAAUGAUGAAAAACAAUGAGUGA